AACAAACCGUAGAAGAAAAAAAUCCCGGAAGUGCAAUGUUGUUAUUGUGAACCAGAUAAGACUUUCCUUUUUUAACUUUGUUGAUUAUAAACAUUUUGGACAAAAAGUUGGGAUGGAAAAGCUGAUCAGUUGUUUUAGGAAGAGGCCGGAUGCUGUAGCCAGGUUGAUUUGUUUCCCCUGGGCAGGCGGAGGCUCCAUACAUUAUGCACGCUGGGGGAACGUCCUUAAUAACUCCAUAGAAGUGCUUGCUGUCAAACUUCCUGGGCGGGAAAGUCGAGCCACGGAGCCUUUCUUUGAAAAUAUGCAACAGAUUGUGGACGAGCUUCUUCAUGUCUUGUUGCCACUUUUAAAAGAGAAGCCGUUUGCUCUUUUUGGCCACAGUUUUGGUGCGUACACAAGCUACGCUGUUGCUGAGGCACUGAAGAAAACCCACAACAUUGAGCCGGUUCACAUCUUCCUGUCUGGUGCAUCUGCACCUUAUUCGGAGGUCCGCAUGAAAGCGGCCAAAAGGAGCGACUUAUCCGACGAGCAUUUCCUGGAGUGGCUGACUUCCAUCGGAGGAACUCCACCUGAGCUGCUCGCCAACCAGGAAGUGCUGAGACUCUUCCUUCCUGCCUUGAAGGCCGACCUGCACCUGGUGGAGAACUACCAGUGCGUGCGACCAGUCAGUCCCUUCCUGUCCUGUCCAAUCACGUGUGUGGAUGGCAGAGAGGAUGUUCCUCAUGACUUGCAAGCGUGGAAAGAGAUCACAGCCGGAGAUUUCACCGUCACAAUGCUUGAAGGAUCUCAUUUUUACCUCAAGGAUCCCAGGAACGAAAGAAUCAUCUUGGACUUUAUCACCAAAAACCUAGAAAUGUCAGGAAUGGACUAUUUGUGAGGAAAUAUGAAUGGAUUUAACCUCUUAAGGCCCAAGCUGUUUGUUUACAUGCUUUUUUUAUUUCUCUUUGCUAUUUGGGCUAAUUGGACCCUAAUUAGAAUAAAAACUAAGAAUCAUCUUUUGAUAUGAUGUACUUAGUCCAUAAGUACACACACAUGUACUUCAUGUUUAGUGACAUGCUAAUUCUUAUUUUUACUUUUUUUUUCUUCCAAAUUCCAUUGUAUGUUAUACUCUUCUGACACCACCAGAUGGCAGUAUAAGUGUCCACAUAAGUGGCCAUAAGACCCCAAUUCAGUAGUGUACACAAUUUUGUAAAUAAGAGCUAAAAGGUGCUGUCCACGCAUGUGACCACUAAGCCUUUAGAGGUUUUAAUGGGACAUUUUUUUUGUUUUUUGCCAAAAAUUUUCAUUUAUUGUUAUUUAAUUUGACCACGGCCUUUUCUAACCUUUCCCACUACAGGCUCUAAUAUUAACAUUACUUUUGAUUUGAAUCAUAUUCAAUAAUGAUUUAUUUCCUACUUACAGUAUAACAGGAUACAACUUGUCUAAUGAUAAGAAGCCAUGAAUCACAAAGAUUAUUAUCAAGGCUUAGGUCAGGCUGAUGACUAAAAUAAAUACUCAUGAAAGAAUAAUUGACAUACAGUGCUAAAAUAAAUACAUUAUGAGUAAAUUGGUGUUUUUUUUAAACUGUCAAUAAAAUGAAAGUGCAAUAUACUGU